AUGUCGACCAUGGUAAAACUAGCUUUGCCGACUCGCUUCUAUCGACAAAUGCGAUUAUUUCUGGUGAGGAUCAUUGCUCUAUUUCUUUCAUAUUUCUCAAUCAUAGCCCGAGUUAAAUUCUUAGCUCGAAUGGCUGGAAAGCUGCGAUUUCUGGACAGUCGCGAAGACGAGCAAACACGUGGGAUAACAAUGAAAGCUAGUGGAAUGUCGUUACUAUAUGGGCCAAUGCUAGUAAAUCUGAUGGAUAGCCCAGGUCAUGUCGAUUUCUCUUCCGAAGUCAGUGCGACCUUACUGCUUUCUGACAUUGCCUUGUUACUCGUUGAUGUGGUCGAAGGAGUGUGCUCUCAAACUCAAGCUUUAUUGCGACAGUCCAUUAUGUAUGGUCAAACUGUUAUUUUAGUUAUAAAUAAGUUGGAUAGGCUACGGGUAGAGUUGAAAAUGGAAACGAAGGAAGCAUAUGCGCACAUUAUUCACCUAUUGGAAGCGAUAAACAGUUGUGUUAGUCAGGUGGUACAGUGUCUUGCACUUGAAGACGACUCAGUGGAGCGUAUUGAAGAUUUGGAAGCAAGUCUACAUUUCAGGCCAACUAAAGGAAAUGUAAUCUUUUCAUCGGCUAUUCACGGCUACGCUUUCGGGUUAGAGGACUUUGCUGCGAUUUACAGUGAAAAACUGAAAAUUCCGAAAACCGAACUUACGGAAGCGUUGUUUGGGGAUUUCUACAUAAGUGGUGGGAAGAUCAAGAGUGAUGCCGCGUCCCGUGGUAAAACGCAGCUAUUUGUUCAAUUCGUCCUUGAACCUCUGUGGGCACUUCACGAUUGUGGUCUGGUCACCAGUGACUUGCCAAAAUUGCUUCAGUUGAUUGGUAAAAUUGGCUUGAGAGUUAAGUCUUCUCGUACUCCAGAUGCCUUCGAUGAAGCUAUGAGAACGUGGCUUCCUGUUUCACAAGCAUGUUUCCGUUGCUGCGCACGAGCACCGUCACCUCGAACCGCUUAUAGAAUACAGUAUUUGCACUUUCUUCGAUAUUUGGAAACGUAUAUGACAAUUCAGGCACUCGUUGUGAAGUUCAUUGCUAUAGAAGGCCAGAAGUUCUCGGUUUGUCGUAUUUUUAGCGGUCAGGUUACUGUUGGAGAACAACUGUACGUUAUAGGAAGAAGGUCUAGAUUAACAUAUGUGCGUCUAUUGAUUUUUUGUUUAUGCAUUAUAUGGUCGAGAUCUAGUCCCACUAAAAGGGCUUAUUCAGGUAGGUUAAACAAUUUUUUUUGCCGAAAAUUUCCAAAACAUGUUUUUCAGAAUGCAACCUUAUGUUCUGAAGCAAUUAAUGAAGGCUUAGAUGUUGGAAUGAAAUAUGGAGAACCUCUUGUAAGAGUAUCCGUCAGCACACUUAAUCUAGAAGAUAUGGAACGACUACGAGAUGGCUUGAAGUCACUUUCUAUUUUGGAUUCAAGUCUUAGGGUGUUCGAACUAGAUAAUGGAGAGUUGGCCAUGGUUACUGCAGGAGAAGUUCAUUUACAAAAAUGUUUGAAGGACUUGGAAGACCUAGGUUUCCGGGAUUUGGAGGUCUCUAAACCAAUUGUACCCUUUCUGGAGACUGUAGUGGCCGAUAUAAAUAUGACGCUUGCUCAAAUCCAAGAUCAAGUCACGGAAUGCAGAUUACGAGAUAGUUCCCUGCAUAUUCGUUUACGAGUUGUGCCACUAGCUGACGAGGUCGUGACUUUAUUGGAGGAAUAUGCGGAUUUGUUGAGUUUCAUAAAAAGGGGAAAUUUGGAAGAAACAUGCCUUGCUGAUCUCAAAUCGGCGCUGUUGAGUUCGUGCGAAAAGCAUUUGCCACAGGUUCGUGGUUCAUGGUGGUAUAGGAAAAGCUCCUCUGACAUAGCUGACAUGGUGGAUAAAAUUUGGAGUUUUGGUCCAGACAGAGCGAGAGCCAACAUAUUGUUCAAUGCGAUCCCUAAUUACAAACGGAAGUCCAUAUGGGAUAAAUGUGAAUUCGGAAUCCGUCCUCUCGACCAAGCGAUGGUGGCUGGCUUCGAAUUAUUCGUUAGUGCUGGUCCUCUCUGCCACGAAGUGAUGCGAGGUGUUGCAGUGGUUGUAGAAGAGUGGACGGUAGAUGAGGAGGAUAUCGCAGUCGCCGGACAGUUGAUGACGGCGAUGCGAUCUACGUGUCAAGCUGGUGCUAAGAAAGUAGCUCUUCGGCUUGUUGCAGCGAUGUAUAGAUGUACGGUAACAGCUGCAGUUCAAGUUCUUGGAAAAGUACACAGUGUUCUUGGACAGCGGAAAGGCAAGAUAUUGAAUGAGGAUGUUAAUGAGGCGACGGGACAGUAUGAGGUAACAGCACUAAUACCAGUAAUCGAGACGUUCUCGUUUUGCGACCACCUCCGAAAGAGCACGUCCGGAAUGGCAAGUGCACAGUUGGAAUUCAGUCACUGGCAGUUAAUUGAUGAGGAUCCGUAUUGGCAGCCUACUACGUUAGAAGAGAUGGAAGAAUACGGCGUCAAAGGUGAUUCACCAAACCAUGCUCGCGGUUAUAUGGACGCCAUUCGACGACGAAAAGGCCUGCCAACUGACGACGUAAUUGUCGUUUCAGCGGAAAAGCAAAGGAAUCUGAAAAAGAACAAGUAG